GGUUCGUUUGUAGGGUUAGGGUUUGUGGCAUUUGCUUCUUCCUCAUCCUUGAAGCGCCUCAGUUUCUGUUACAGUCGAGGAGCCUCUACCUUUCUGUCGCCAUGGGGAAGACACGUGGAAUGGGAGCUGGUCGCAAGCUCAAGUCCCACCGUAGGAGGCAGAGGUGGGCUGAUAAAGCAUAUAAGAAGUCACACCUUGGCAAUGAGUGGAAGAAGCCAUUUGCUGGGUCCUCUCACGCCAAAGGCAUUGUUCUUGAAAAGAUUGGUAUUGAAGCUAAGCAGCCGAACUCUGCUAUCAGAAAGUGUGCUAGAGUUCAGUUGAUUAAGAAUGGGAAGAAGAUUGCAGCCUUUGUCCCCAACGAUGGUUGCUUGAACUACAUAGAAGAGAAUGACGAAGUUUUGAUUGCAGGAUUUGGACGCAAGGGACAUGCUGUGGGAGAUAUUCCCGGAGUUAGAUUCAAGGUUGUUAAAGUAUCAGGCGUGUCUCUCUUGGCUCUUUUCAAGGAGAAGAAGGAGAAGCCAAGGUCUUAGAUGGAGAAUGUUUUGUUUUUACCUAGGUUAAUGUGGAAUUUUAUCAUCCAUCAAGAAAAAAAAGAGAUUGAACUUUCAUUCUAGUAUUAAAUUAAAGAUCUAUUCGAGGAUGGUAAUUUUGAGAGUGGAUUUUGUGAACGGUUUAUUUUUUAAUUUUGCAGUUUUAUAAGAUUUUGCAGAAUUUCUAUCUCCUUUUAUCGUUUAGGAUAAUGUAAUGCAACACUGUUCCUUUCUCUAUUCACUGGUGUAGUGGUGUCUUAAUCUC